GUGAACGGAGGCAGGGAUGACGACAGAUGGCUCGUACAGCCCAAGGGAUUAUAUAUUAACACUGAGCAGCUCGGGAUCUGCCGCACUCCCUCACAGAGACGAGCCGGCUCCGUCAUCCAGCAGCGUGAUGCGAGAAACAGGAGCGCUGCAUCACAGCUCAGCCAACAUUUAAUAAAAGAAAAGGGUUUAACUCAUGAACGGAGGGAUUGAGAACAGUUUUCCUCCAGUGACCAUGGAGGUGUGGAGCUGCUCAGCGUCUGAGGAGGAGGAUGAGAAGAGCACGUCGAGUCUUGGGGACGAAAUAGUAGAGAAGGAUCUAAAAUGCCACAACAGGAAUAACAAUAACAACAACAAUGAAAGCCUUUGCAAGGAGGUGACACAAGUGCUGUGCUCAGACAGAGUGGGCCAGGUCACCAAGACGUAUCAUGACAUCAAGGCGGUCACCCACCUGCUGGAGGAGAAAGAGCGGGAUCUGGAGCUGGCAGCUCGAAUCGGCCAGUCGCUCCUGAAGCAAAACCAAGAACUAACGGCUCGAAAUGAAACGCUGGACGAGCAGCUUGAAAUCACAAAGGAGGAGAUCGCUCAACUUCGACACGAGCUCUCGAUGCGAGACGACCUCCUUCAGUUCUACGCGAGCGCCGAGGAGAUCGAAAACGCUCAGGCGCAUUCCUCCAUUAAAAGGAAUGAAUCCACCAGUUCUCUCAGCAACUUUGUCCAUUACGACUUCCUGCAGCAGAAACUGAAGAGUUUAGAGGAGGAGAACCGCAAACUCAGAUUAGAGGCCAAUGAGCUCUCAACAGAGACGACCAACUAUGAAGAGCAGGAGCAGGAGCUGAUGAUGGUGUGUGUGGAGGAGCUCUCGUCUGCAAACAAGCAGGUGGUGGACCUGUCUGAGGAGUUGGCUCGAAAAGUAGAGGACACUCUGCGACAGCAGGAGGAGAUCAGCUCCCUGCUCGCUCAGAUCGUUGACCUGCAGGCUCGCUGCAAAGGGCUUGCCGUUGAGAACGAGGAGCUGAACCAACACCUGAGUGGCUCCAGAGAAAACGAGACAAAACUGAAAUCAGAGCUCCAGGACUUGCAGGACAAGUACUUUGAGUGCGAGGACAUGCUCCACGAGGCACAAAAGGACAUAAAAAAUCUGCGAAACAAGAGUUUGCCCAACAGCACGGUGCAGAGGUACACUGCGCUGGCCUCUGUCCUCCCCAUGGACUCCCUGGCAGCAGAGAUCGAAGGAACCUUUCGCAAAGGUCUGGACUCCCCGACUCCCUCAGAGUACAAGAACCAUCCGUGGCGUGUGUUCGAAACGGUGAAGGUGGUGAACAAAGCUGGCAGGAUGCGCUCUCUGUGCCACUCACCGGGUCUGCCAGGCUCCAACCCUGUGUCGGCCCGUUCCAGCUGUGCCAGCACCCCCAGAACCAGCUACUACGGCUCUGACAACACCAGCAUUAACCUGGAGGACAAGCCCAGCUCCACCCCUGCUCCGAAGGAGGACAACAGUGUCAGCGGACCCAAACGCCUGGGCCAGCCAGGCACACCUGGUGGUCAGGACCUGGAGGCUGCUCUGCGCUGCCUCUCGGCCCGACAGCAGAACCACUCCUCGGACCGUCCGUUCUUUGACGUAGAGAGAGAACGUAAACUCAAAGCCUUGGUCGCAAACUGCAAAGAAGGAAACGGCUCCAGUGGCUUCCUGACGCCAAACGACAGCCUGGCCUCCAGCUCUGCUGCGUCCACAGGCACCAAUUACUCCAACGGGAGCUCACGGCACUCCUGUGGUUCUUCCGGAGGAUCCCGGUCCUACCUGCCCGACCGGCUGCAGAUUGUUAAACCUCUAGAAGGCUCGGUGACGCUGCACCACUGGCAACAGCUGGCCAAACCAAACCUGGGAGGGAUUCUCCACCCGCGUCCUGGAGUCCUGACUAAAGACUUUAAGGAGCUGGAGGUGGACGUACAGCACGUCUACAGCCUGAACGACCUGGAGGAGGACGAGCCUGACCUGUCUCAGUUCUCUGGAACUCGUGGAUUCGUUUCUCCAUCGGGCCCAAAUCUCCUUCAGACCUCCCCCUCACACACCACCACCCCCAGCAAAGUCCUCCAACCCUCCCCUCUCAUCCCCUCCUUCUCCAAUAGCCUUCGCUCUUUCAACUUGCCACCUUGUCGGAACUGUGAGCUCCUGAGUUCUUGGACCCCCUCCAACCUGCAGCACUUCACCACCACCUCCUCCUCCUCCUCCUCCACCUCCUCACUGGGCCUCCUGCAGCUGCUGCAGGAGCACAGCAUCUCAGCCUGUCCUCAUCCGCGUCACAGCAACGUUCACCACAGCCGCGGCGCCAAACCUCCACGCCCCGCCCUCAAAGACAAAGCCGGGGGUUGGCUGUCGGACAGAAACGGGAAGAGGAACGUCUUCAGCCUGAACCUGGUGGAGAAGCUGCAGAGCCUCGGGCUGCACAGGGUGGCAGCCUGGGGCAUGAAGAGCUGCGGCGACAGAGUCCAGCAUCCCCCGAAGGUGUGACGCGUUCACGGUCCCCCCCGCAGCACCUGUGAGAUCCCCGACCCACUGCAGCAGUCGUGUCUUAAACAAAAAGCCACAGAAUGUGUUGGAGCCAUACUUGACUCGGAGGCUGAGUACACUCGCACACA